GGAGGGGGGUGGCUCAGGGCGGGGCCGGGGAGCCUAUAAAGGCUGCGGCCGCGAGGACCGCCAGGCUCCUCUCGGCGGCGGCGGCGGCGGCGCUGCGCCCUCAGGUCCGGGCUGUGAUUCCAUCGGCAGCAGCUGCAGUAGCACUGGGGAGCCCCCGGCCUCGGUCCUGAUCCCGGACAAAAAAUGGUGCAGAAGAAAGCAGCUGAACUUCAGGGUUUCCAUCGUUCGUUCAAGGGACAGAAUCCUUUCGAGCUGGCCUUCGCCGUCAACCAAUCCAACCACCUAGAAUCUGUCUUCAAUUUCGAGUGCCCGGCCCGCCCUGACAUGCCCUCGAGCCAGCCCAUCGACAUCCCUGACGCCAAGAAAAGGAGCAAGAAGAAGAAACGUUGCAGGGCCACCGACAGCUUCUCCGGAAGGUUCGAAGAUGUUUACCAGCUGCAGGACGAAGUGCUGGGGGAGGGAGCCCACGCCCGCGUCCAGACCUGCAUCAACCUCAUCACCAACAAAGAAUACGCCGUGAAGAUCAUCGAGAAGCGCCUGGGCCACAUACGGAGCCGGGUGUUUCGGGAGGUGGAGAUGCUAUACCAGUGCCAGGGACAUCGAAAUGUCCUUGAACUGAUAGAGUUCUUUGAGGAAGAAGACAGAUUCUACUUGGUGUUUGAGAAGAUGCGGGGUGGCUCCAUCCUCGCUCAUAUCCAUCAGCGACGUCAUUUCAACGAGUUUGAGGCCAGCAUGGUUGUCCAGGACAUUGCCAGCGCCCUUGACUUCUUGCACAAUAAAGGGAUUGCACACAGGGAUCUUAAGCCUGAAAACAUCCUCUGUGAAAAUCCUGACCAGGUAUCUCCAGUCAAGAUCUGCGACUUUGACCUGGGCAGCGGCAUCAAGCUCAACGGGGACUGCUCUCCCAUCUCCACCCCGGAGCUGCUCACCCCGUGUGGCUCGGCGGAGUACAUGGCCCCCGAGGUGGUGGAAGCUUUCAACGAGGAGGCCACCAUCUAUGACAAACGUUGUGACCUGUGGAGCCUUGGGGUCAUCCUCUACAUUCUGCUCAGCGGCUACCCACCCUUUGUAGGCCACUGUGGCAGCGACUGUGGCUGGGACCGGGGCGAAGCUUGUCACACCUGCCAGAACAUGCUUUUUGAGAGUAUCCAAGCAGGCAAGUACGAGUUCCCUGACAAGGACUGGGCCCAUAUCUCCUUUGGAGCCAAAGACCUCAUCUCCAAGCUGCUCGUCCGGGAUGCCAAGAAGCGGCUGAGUGCGGCUCAGGUCCUGCAGCACCCCUGGGUGCAGGGGUGUGCACCGGAUAACACUUUCCCCACUCCAAUCAUCCUGCAGAGAAACAGCAGUGCCAAAGAACUCACCUCCUUCGCGGCAGAGGCAAUCGCCGUGAACCGCCAGCUGGCCCAGCGUGAAGAAGAUGAAGAGGAGGAGAACCGACCAAUCGUCAUCAAAGCUACCUCGCGUUCCAUGCAGCUGUCGCCACCAUCCAAGUCCAAGCUGGCCCAGCGGCGGCAGAAGGCCAGCCUGUCCAAGGCCCCGCCGGCCCCCCAGCACCUGGUCAGCCCCUUGGUCCUGGUCAGCGACCACAUGUAACAGCCCCACCGGGUCCCCCUCCAGCCCCUCCUGCGCAUUCAUCCCGUCGAGGUUUGGGGGGAGGGGGUCGUGGGUUUUUUGUUUUUUUUUUUUAAGCUGUUGCCAGCCGGCGAUCACUCCCUCCUCUGGCUGGUUUCCAGGGAGUUCAGCUGAUCUUGGGAGUCGUUUUUUUUAUAAACAUUUUUUAAAUGGUCUAAUGGUAUUUACCAACAAAGAAGAAUGCGGCACGCAUCGAAGGGCGUGCGGCACACUGACAUUUGUGGGUCCUUUUUGUCGUUGAGGGUUUCCUCCCUUCCCACACCAAAGGAUGCGCCGUAAGCUCAGCUCAGCCCAUACUGUGAAAGAUGGCCAGUCAGAUGUGUGAAAAGUCGCAUGGCUCUGCACCCCGUACCCCAUCUCCCAGCUCUCAGUUUGCCCUCAUUCCCCCCCAGAUGGAGUGUAAACAAUCUCACGUCUUCCAGAUCCGGCGAUGGGGUGGCAAAGUGGGGGGGGACGCAGAGAGGGACGUCCCCCCACGGAUGGGCGUAUUUUAUAUAUGCGUAUAGAUUUUACAUCCAUACGUAUACAUGAAGUUCAUUUCGCCUUCCUCUGCCCGUGGGAAGUUCUCAGUAUUUAAGGGGGGUUUUUCCCACCUGUCCUGUGUGCCGUGCUGAGAAGGGAGCGCUCGGUCUCUCUCUCUAGGCUCGGGGGCACAUGGGGGCCCCCCCAGAGAGAAGAGCUCUCCUUCUCUUGUACUGUUCUUCCCUCCCUGACCCCCAAGCUCUCCUGUUGGGGGCUUGCUUGGAGGAGAAGACGAGCACGCCUGGCCCCGUUGGGGCAGCAGGACCCAAGAGGACGAUUCUGUGCAGGGAAGGUAGAACCCACACCCGGUCGGGCCGCUCCUCCGGGCUCCCCCUCUCCCCUCGUCUUCCCCAUCCCUGACUGGCCAGAAUGUAAUCGAAGAGCAGGGUGGGGGCUGGCUUUCCUCCUUUCUCGGCCCCCACAGGCAAAACUCCUUCCUCUUCCUCCUCUCCCUCCUCUCCCCCCGCCCCCAGCUCCUGGGGCAGACAAUCUGGGUCUUCUUUAAAUUUCCUCUAUUUUUAUUUUUAUUUUUUUCUCCUGGGGCCCUAUGAGGUAUUGGCCUCCCCGGGGGAAGCAAACCUACCUGCCUCCUAGUGAUGGGGACGAGACACUGCUGGAAGGUGCUGGUCUGGUCAUUAAAUACGGGUGAUUGCCGUGUCCCAGGCAGGGAGGAAGGAAAGCUGGGUGCCCCCCCAUGCCCCAGUCAAACUUGUGCCAACCUUGGGGGAGACAGGCAGGAGAGAGUGUGCGGGGCACCGAGGGGAGGCUCCAUGUCCCCUUCGCUGGCUGGAACAGGCUGCUCAGGUACCUCAUGCUUACUCGCAUCAGAGCCCAACCAUGGCCGUUUUCGGGGUUCAGGAUGAGUGGGGCAGUGACGGUGCCCGGAGGUGGGGAGAGAAUGGAAAGAAGUCCCUGCUCUUCCCCCUCCAGCCCCUCAGGGCGGCAUUUCCUUCGCCAACCGCGUUCAGGAAGAAAGCUUGGAGCGUCUGGGAUCUUGGGGUUCGGCGGACCCAAGGGGGGACGAAGGCUCUAGUUGGCUCUGACGCGACACUCCACCCGGGAUCCUCUCCAGUGGGGGGGGCUUUCUUCCCAGCCCCACACCCCCCUUGGAUCCUGGCAGCGAUCUACUAUGCAAUACCGGUGCCGUCUUAUGUAUGUCCAGAUAUACAUAUACCUGCGUGUGUCGUAGAGAGAGCCUCUUCUUUCCCAGCCAGGGAGAGGAGGACGCUGGGACACGUUUGGAGAGAAGUCCUCAGGUUUUCUUUAGGCAGUUCCCCGCAGCCUCCCAGAGCAUUGUUCUCGGCCUCUCCGGCCUCCUCCUGGGCUCUGGAAGUCUCCUUCCGGUCCCCGCUCCCUCGAGGAGAGAACGCCCCCAGCCUGCCGGGGAUUUGGGGGAAACCGUAGUCGGGCUUCUUCAGAGUCCACGGGCUUUGAUUGUACAUUGUGUUUUUAUAGGGAUUUUUGGAGCAAUUUUGUUUUUAUUCUCACUUGUAGAUUUCGCCCUGCCCCUCCUCCCCCUGCGCUCCCCCCUUCCCCCCAAACCCUACCCAACGGGUAUUUGUCUUAUAUUAAGAAUACUUGAAUGGUGUAUGUCGGGGUCGGGCUAUCCCCACACGACACCUGGAAUCCUGGUCACACCUGGAGGAGGGGGAACAGCUUUUACAGAAAACGCCUCCCUCCUCCUGUUACCCCCCCUCCGGAUGCCUUGACCCCUCCCCUCCCCCAAUCUUCUUUGGACAUACCUGGCAGGCCAGGGCAGGGCCUGGAGGAUGGACGUGUCCUCCCCUACGGACCUCCUGAGUGUUGUGGGGCGGGCCAUGACCGAGGAGGAAGAUGGAGAGGCGGCCAGCGGCCUCCGACCUCCGACCUCCGGCCCCCUUCAUGGGCCACACUUCCGACUCCUUUCCAAAGACACUGUCUGCAGUAUCUGAAGUUUAAAAGGGACAUCAGUAGUGGCUCUUUCCAGCUGGGAGUCUCCUGGGAGGUUUUCUUUUAGCCCCCUCCCCCCAAACCCCCAAACAGACAGCGGAAAACCUCGGAGACUCAAAUGGCUAUUUUCCCUAGUAAUCAGAAGGGAUCGGAUACUGAUGACUGACUUUGUUUUUGUCUCUGAAAUUUAGGUUCACUGUCCACUCCCUGCCCGAUUCUUCCCACCCCAGUCCCCCUUCAGCCAAUUAAUUCAACUUGGAACUGGUUGGAAAUGUUACUGUGAACCUGACUUUUUCAAGGCUCAUAAGAGAGGCCCCCCUCCCCCUCCUCCCCCCAACCUGGGGUAGGCCAUUCUCGAAAGUGGCCGCAAUGAUGUCACACACUGCACUGCUGGUAUCCAAGACUGGCCCCCCCGCCCCCCACGAGAGAGGGCAUGUCAGAGUAGAAACUGCUGAAAAAGGGUAAAACCGACCAACAGACGCCAACCCGACCGAAAGAAAAGGAGGGGAAAAAAGCACUUUAACUAUGGGGUACCAGGUAAACUGAUACAGCUCGAGAGUUUUCCUUUAUAACAACGAUCAAAUGCCAGAAUUUUGUAUUCUGUUUUGUAAGAAUUUAAUAAAAGCAUUGCAACCUA